GAAGAGGACGCAGUCUUCAGCUGAUUUUUGCUCAAAUCUCAGCUUUGUUUAAUACAUCCAGUUUUGGUUUUUGCCCCAUUGAUUUUAACUUUGUUUUUGAAUAGGCCUGUUUUCUUUUGGGGCAUUUUGAUUUUGUUUGAACAAGACAAUCUGGCAAAUGAGUUCAACACCGACACAGCAGCUCUCCUAACAUCCUGCAAUUAAUGGACACCUCAGGAACCCAGGAUCAUCAAACAAAGACAUAGAUUGAAGAGGUUGGUUUGAUGUGCGUGGCAUCAAGACAAGAGGCACCAUGAGUGCGGAGCUGGAUGCACUGACCGUGGUGAACCAGCUGCGAGAUCUUGCUGCAGACCCUCUGAACAGAAGAGCCAUAGUAGAAGACCAAGGCUGUCUGCCAGGUCUCAUCCUUUUCUUGGACCACCCCAACCCACAGGUCGUCUACUCGGCCCUACUGGCCGUGCGCUACCUGGCAGAAUGUCGAGCCAACAGGGAGAAGAUGAAGGGCGAGCUGGGCAUGAUGCUGAGCUUGCAGAACGUCAUGCAGAAGAGUACUUCACCUGGGGAGACAAAGCUGCUGGCCUCUGAGAUCUAUGAGAUUUUGCAGUUAGCUGGUAAAGAAGAGGCUGAAAAGGCCGAAGCAGCGGCCGCCUCCUGCCAGCGUAAAGCCCAGUUCUUCUUGGGCUCCAACAACAAGAGGGCCAAAACUGUGGUGCUGCACAUUGAUGGACUGGAUGAUCCUACCCGAAGGAGCCUUUGCGAGGAGGCGUUGCUGAAGAUUCGAGGGGUCAUCAGCUUCACCUUCCAGAUGGCUGUCAAGAGAUGUGUUGUCAGGAUCCGCUCCGACCUUAAAGCUGAGGCGUUGGGCACAGCUAUCAACUCCACCAAAGUAAUGACGGCGCAGCAGGUGGUGAAGACAGAUGAUGGAGGAGAGCUGAUGUUGCCAUUCCAGGAGGGCUCUGUGGUGCAGGUCGAGGAGAACACAGACAUCCCAGACUACCUGCCCGAGGAGGAGAGUCCGUCCCAGGAGCAGGACAAAGCUGUGACGCGCGUAGGCUCCAUCACAGACGGCAUGGGCUGGCUCAGCACGGCCGCCAACUUCCUGACACGCUCCUUUUACUGGUGACCACUUCCUGUGUUUCUCUCUCUCUUAUCUCAAAUUUCUCUCUAAAGUACCAUCCAGCUGCAGCCUUAGCAUCUCUCAGCCUUGCCCUGGACUAAAGCCCUGCCUCGCAGCCCUACACUAGUCUAGACACCCCCCUCUUUCCGCUAAGCACACAGAAAGCCGGCCACGUGUGUGCGACAAGUGCUGGACUGCCGAGUGGAACCUGCAAUAACUUAAACUUGUGUAUAUAUCGAGCUGCAAAUCCCACUACUGGCUGUAUGUGCACAACUAUAUACUAGCUGCAUAUGUAUCUCACAAGAUAUAGCCAGAGGACUUCAGAUCAGCCGAAACCAAAUAGCAUUCUGGAAAUGUGUACCGUUGCGUUGACAGAGUUGACAUGUGGCAGGCGUAGUGAAUUAUACUGAGGCUGAUUUUAAGUACGUUGACAAUUGGGAGUUACUUUUUUUGUGCAUGAUUUUUGGUUGCUUUCCUUCUGGUGUCUAUUCUCAAAUUAUCUACUUUUUUCCAUCUUUAAUUUCCUAAUUAUUUUUUUCUUCCCCCUGCAGUUUUAUUAGCAUGCUAUUUGUGCCAAUCUUGCCUGAUGCCUAGAUCUGCGAUUAUUGUGUGUGCCUUUUUGACAUUUUACUUUAUUCUUCCAUCAUUCAUUCAAAUAAUUUAAGAGCUCCGAGCAUGUCAUUUAUAACGUUCCCAGGUGGCCCUUUAGCAGCAUUAGCCGGCCUUCCUGAGCUUUUAGCUUAUUGAGGGUCGUCUCUUCAGUAGAAAUAGUAAACUAAACACCAGCAAGUGACCGCAGCCCAUUCAGCUACAUGCAUUAGACUGUUGUAUACUGAAAGAAGAACUUUUAGCUGAUUAAUAUACCACGUCUCACUGCGUUAAGCUGGACUCCUCUGAUGAAGCUAUAACGCAGGAAAAUCCAAAGGAGUUGUGCAGUGGCGAAAAGUUGACUGACAGCUCCUUGUGUUACUCGCACAGAGUUUAGGCUACCUCUGCUUUCAGCCGUCUGUCUCACAUCAGCAUUAUGGUCUUCUGUAGUUUUAGUAAAACUCUGCAUGUAGAAGACAAACCUGUUAGCUGCCUGCUUGUUAAACGCUUACCGGGUUACCUGGACUCCCACCCGACUUUUUUUUUUUUUUACAGUAUUGUAGCUCCACCUGUUCAGUUUAGCCAGCAGUGUCCUUAAAGCAAAGAUCAUGUUGGUGCACGCUCACACACACAUACAGUACAGAGGACUACUAAUGCUGUCUCAUGAACAGUAGUGGGAUACUGGAACAAGGGUGUGGUUAUGUACAUUUUGUAAAUGGUGCCUGAUUCCCUCAAAUCUCAGACCUUACAUGUGAAGGAAAAUUUCUGUUUUUGUAAUACUGAUUUGCAUUUUAAGCCACAAAAAAAGCGUCAAAUGCUAACGCUCUUUGUUCCUUUUCUUUAGCCUUUACAACCCCAUGACUCACACCAGGUUUAAUUAUCAUCUCCUGACUUGCGCGAGUGUCAUUAAUAAUUAUUAUAUACAAUGCUGACCAGGCGACUUUUAUUGUUCUGAUGGUGCGGAGAUGUCACAAUUGGUUGAGGUCAAACAGAUAGAGGAAUGGCACAGAAUGACCUGAAUAAUCUGAACUGAUGGUGGCUCUUCUCUGGAAAAAGCAAUAAUAAUUUUUUUGCAUAAAAUGUAGUUAUCAUAGAUCAGCCUUCAAAAUAACGUGUCUGAAUAAAAGGUAUUAGUUAAAAGUUAGGAUUAUCAUCAGUAUUAAAAAUCUCUUCUUUAUUUGUCCAUUUUGCACAGAAGUAAUCUCUAAGUUGCAUCUUGUAAUUUCAUUUUUAAUAUUUGGUGUCAGCUCAUACUGCAGAGAAAUACUUGAACAUUGUUUCUUAGAACUGUUCUUAUGUGUUGAUCAAAGUGUAAAUUUCCCACAGCUGUUAGAAUAACCACAUCUCUAAAGGACAACAUACCACAAACUAAGUCCUCAAACAUGUAACUUCAUGUGUACAGACUUCAUGUGUCUGUCAUCAAAUGUAAUAUAAUGUAACGCAGAUCUUAAAACUGUAGAUUCCCUUACACUGUUAAUGCAAAUGAUGAUAAACUUAAAAUCAUUA